GGAGAUGCAAAGAGAACAUACAAUAUGAAAGUUAAAAGUUUUGAACAAAUAACAGGAGCAAUAAAUCCAAUAUUUGAUAUAAGCAAAUUAAAAUUAACGAAAUUUAAUAAAACAAAUUGGGCAUGGAAUGGUAUUAUGCGUUUCCUUCGUUCUGACAUUCCCAGAGAAAAAUACUUGUAUACACUGCAAGGUGCUAUGAAAUUUGGAAAUGGAUAUCAAGAUUCGCCAUUGUUGACGUUACGUAAAAAACCUUUUUGUGAUUUAUUUGAAACUGAUACAUUUUUAGUUCCGGACAUAUUGGCUCAUCUUAAAAAUACAACCAAAUUUCCAUGUCCAAUACCAGUGGGUGACUAUGAGUUGGUUGAGUAUAUGUCAAAUCCAGAUAAAUUUCCACCUAAUAUGCCUGUUAAAAAUUGGAGAAUAACUACAUCUUUUUAUGAUGGCGACACAUUUGUUGGUGGAAUCCAAGUAUUUGUGGAAUUAGAAUCUGUAGUUAAACAGUGAACCUGAAUAAAAAACUUAAA